AUGCCACGCUCUUAUGCAGCCGUAAUCCUCGCGGUCGGCGCUUCUGCUGCCGUUGUCGCCCGUGACCAAUGCUGCUUCCAGCUCACUGCAAGCGGUGGUGCCUCGGGUACCGUUGGACAGUUGUCUGACGGUCAAAACAGAAUUGGCGGUGGCUACCCGCCAGCAACGUACUGCAUCAACAACGGUGGCAUCACCGACUCUUCCGGCCGUGGAUGUAUCCUCACUCCACCAACCACCCAGUUCCAAUGUGAUGUUGGUGCAAGCCCUACCACUGGCUUCGGCAUUAGCAGCAGCGGCGAGGUUGAGUACAACGGCAGCACUACUUUCUAUGCCUGCCCAGCUGCCAACGGCAUCUACAACAUCUACACCACGCCAGUUGCCAACCAGCCCAAGUGCACUAAGAUUACCUUGAGCUCUGGUGGCAAAUGCGUUCCAGCAAAGCCGACCCCUAAGCCCUCCGUCGUCCCCUCCGUGGCUUCCUGCCCAGCCCCAUCAACUGUCACCGUUACUCAGCAGCCCAAGCCUUCGACUGUUACAGUGACCGAGAAGGCCCAGCCAUGGACCACCACUGUGGUUGAGCAUGCCACCUGCCCAGCUCCCCAAGGCCCAUCGACUGUCACUGUGACCCAAGUCCAGACCUCCGCAGUCGCCCCACCUCCACCUCCGCCAGGCACCACGGAGAUCAAGACAACUUGGCAAUACACCACCUUGUCUCCUCCAACUACCAAGCCAGCGCCACCACCAGUCAAGUCUUCAUCCGUGGCUCCUCCACCACCUCCUCCUCAAAGCCAGCCAUCGUCCCUGGCCCCACCAAAGUCUAGCCCACCACCAACCAAGCCAAGCAGCUCUGCCUGCCAGACUGAGUUGAGCGGUGCUUAUCAGACUCCUCACUUGAUUGUUCCAGUCUCGUCCAGCCAGCCAGACCACGCUUAUGGCACUCAGUACAAUGCAACCAUCACUUCUUCGGAGUGCACCAUCUUCAACUUCGAUAUCCCUGCCUCGUACUCAGGAAAGUCCUGCAGCACCAUCUUCCUCUUCCCCGAGCAGUCCCAGCUCGAGACCUCGAGCUUCGACAUCAGCGGAACCGGCAGCAUCGUCUUCUCCUCGUUGAGCUCUGCCGCCAACCAGCAGACGACCUGGAACAACGCCCCAUCCAAGAAGCAGCAGCUCGGAAGCGUCUCCCCAGUUCCUGGCAACUCGUACGCCAUCUCGACCUCGCAGUGCAGCCCUGGCAGUACCCAGAGCAUUGAGGUCUGUGGAACUGGCAGCUUGAGCCUGUCGUUCUUCGAGGACUGGAACCCAUCGCCAAUCGGUGUCUACGUCACCUCGUGCUAG